AUGGCUCCCAAGCGCGGCCGCGCCGCCGGUGCCGUGGCCGCGAGGAAGAAGCCGGCGACGGCGCACACCGUCGGCGCCCUCUGCGGCACCGUCUCCCGGGCGCUGGACGCCGAGACCGGGCUGCCGGAGUCCGUGGUGCUGCUGCUCCGGAGCGCCGUGCCGUCCAGCCUGGCCCUCCUGAGGGAGGAGCGGCACUCCGGGAGGAAGGGGGAGGUGCCCACGCCCACGCCGCAGUCGCACCUGCUCGCCGUCGGCCGGGAGACGCCCGCGCUGCGACUCUGGCGCCGCUUCGUGGAGGCCGGCGAGUCGACCCGCGAUCUCACGUUCAAGGCCGUAGGAAUCGUGGAGAACUUGGACACAAUGCGGGUUCCUGGCAUCGUCGAGAAGUUCAACGCUAAGCCGGUGGCGAUCACCAAGAGCGCCAGAGUCUUGGCUCAGAGUCUGCCAGAGGUCCUCGAGAUCGAGUUUGACGUCCGGCAGUGGGCCUUCCUGGCCCGCCACUCAUUCGUGAGCCUGCGCAGCCUGGCCACGAAGGCGGUGAUCCAGGUCGGGUACCUCGUGGAGGGCAAGUCGGACGCGGAGCUGCCAGAGCAGAUCCUGGCGCACAUCCGCCUGCACCACGCAGACUUCACGCAGGCCAAGAGCAUUCCAGACCUCUAG